AUGUUGGCUGCGCGUGCCUUGUUGUGGUGCCUGUGCUUCGGCGCGUUCGGAGCGGCGGUUGCUGUCCGACCGCACCGUGUUCACCAUGUCGUGCCCACACGACACAAGCACUCGGAGUUCGUUAAAGGAAAGAUAUGCAUCGGAACGAAUGGGCGAAUGUCGGUUCCGUCAAACCGCGACACACAUUACCGAAAUCUGCGAGAUCGCUUUACAAACUGCACUUAUGUUGAUGGCAACCUGGAACUCACAUGGCUCCAUAAUGAGACUAUGGAUUUGUCUUUUCUGAAACAUAUAAGAGAAGUAACUGGAUACGUGCUUAUUUCACAUGUGAACGUUCGGCAAAUCAUCUUACCCCAACUGCAAAUAAUCCGCGGGCGGACACUAUUUAAACUUAAUGUUAGGGAAGAGGAAUUUGCACUUAUGGUCACCAUGUCUACAGCUUUUACUCUUGAGCUGCCAGCAUUACGAGACGUCCUUCGAGGCAGCGUCGGAAUCUACAACAAUUUUAAUCUUUGUCACGUAAAAACGAUAAACUGGGACGAAAUAAUAACAGGAGUGAAUGCUACGUACGUGUAUGUGUACACAUUUACCGCACAAGAAAGAGAAUGUCGUUGCCACCCAAGCUGCGAAGCCGGUUGCUGGGGUGAUGGUCCCGAAAAUUGUCAAAAGUUCUCAAAAACAAAUUGUAGCCCUCAGUGCGCGCAGGGUCGCUGCUUUGGGCCUAAUCCGCGCGACUGCUGUAAUACAUUCUGCGCCGGAGGUUGUACAGGACCUUUACCGAGCCAAUGCUUAGCUUGCCGGAACUUUUACGACGAAGGAACGUGCUCCCAAGAAUGUCCACCGAUGCAAAUAUACAAUCCCACCACUUACUCAUGGGAGCCAAAUCCUAAUGGAAAGUACGCUUACGGAGCGACAUGCGUACGUAACUGCCCAGAGCAUCUUUUAAAAGACAAUGGUGCUUGUGUGAGAAGCUGUCCGCCAAACAAAACAGCCGUGAACGGAGAGUGCAUACCGUGCAAUGUUACUUGCCCAAAAACAUGCAGAGCGGAAAAACCUAUUCAUUCCGGCAACAUUGACAGUUUCAAAGACUGUACAAUUAUAGAUGGCUCAAUAGAAAUAUUAGAAAUGACUUUUACUGGAUUCCAACAUAUUAAUCCGGAUUAUUCGUUUGGUGACCGCUAUCCUAAAAUGGAACCGGACAGUCUUGAAGUCUUCAGCACAGUCCGCGAGGUAACAGGAUAUUUGAACGUACAGGCUCAUCACCCAAAUUUUACGAGUCUCUCCUAUUUUCGGAACUUGGAAGUAAUCGGCGGGCGUCAAGUUGUUGAAAAUCUAUUCGCUUCUCUCUACAUUGUCAAAACUUCACUACGAUCACUAGGACUGAAGUCUUUAAAAAGAGUUAAUUCUGGAGCCAUAGCAAUCAUGGAGAACCGACAUCUUUGCUUUGCCGAUAAAAUUGCUUGGAAUAAACUUGGAAAAUCUAGGGACCAUAAGCAAAUUAUACAGAAAAAUGGCGAUCCGAAAACAUGUGAAAAUUCAAAUAUGGUGUGCGAUCCUCAAUGCUCGGCGGACGGCUGCUGGGGCCCUGGUCCUGAACAGUGUCUCUCCUGUGAAAACCAUAACUUUGGCGAAACGUGCAUACACAAUUGCAGUGUGCUACCAGGACUGUACAAAGCUGGCCUGAAAACGUGCAAGCAAUGUCAUCCUGAAUGUUCGGAUGGGUGCACUGGACCAAGUCGUGCUAACUGUACAAAAUGCAGACAUGUCCGCGAUGGACCCUAUUGCGUGGCCGAAUGUCCUGAAUCGAGAUAUCCCUCCGAGAAUGGGACGUGUCAGCCCUGUCACAGCAAUUGUUACAACGGUUGUAGUGGACCGGCAAACACAGUUGGCGAAGGAGGUUGCCACUCGUGUAAGAAGGCUAUCAUCAGCGUUGAAGCUACAGUUGAAAGUUGUCUAAAGGAAAACGAACCGUGCCCGGAUGGCUACUAUAAUGAAUGGGUAGGGAAUGUAAAACUUCUUGAAGGAAAAGUAAAAGUUGUUUGCAGGAAAUGCCAUCCUUUAUGUAUUAAGUGUACUGGUUUUGGUAUACACGAACAAGUUUGUCAAGUCUGUAAUGGAUUUAAAAGAGGCGAUCAAUGUGAAGAUGAAUGUCCUGCAGAUCACUUCACAGAUGAAGUAAACAGGUUAUGUACGCCCUGUCAUCACGAGUGUCGCGGUUGCACUGGUCCCUCAUCUACUGAUUGUGUAAAAUGCCAAAAUCUAAAGGUUUUUUUGUCUGACUCUGAUACCGUAGACGUUAAUCAAGCUUUCAAUUGCACAGCUACUUGUCCUGAUGAUAAACCACAUAAGAUAUACUUCGAUGAGCUUCUACAAAAUCCAAUCGAGGAACCUUACUGUUCAGAAUCAGCCAACGAUCCACGUACCAUGGCAACUGCUAACAUACCUACUGUACUGGUGAUUAUUCUUGUUUUAGCUUUUAUACUGUUUAUGAUACUCGGUAUAAUUGGAUACACAUGCAGACAAAAGGCGAAAGCAAAAAAGGAAGCAGUGAAAAUGACUAUGGUUCUCACUGGUUGUGAAGAUAACGAACCUCUACGACCGACCAAUGUUAAACCGAAUUUAGCCAAACUUAGAAUUGUAAAAGAAGCAGAACUGAGAAGAGGAGGUACGCUCGGCUAUGGAGCAUUUGGUGAAGUAUACAAAGGAGUAUGGGUACCGGAAGGUGAAAACGUCAAAAUUCCUGUAGCCAUUAAAGUUCUCAAAGAGGGAACUGGUGCAAAUACUAGUAAAGAGUUUUUGGAAGAGGCGUAUAUAAUGGCAAGUGUUGAACAUCCUAAUCUCCUUCAAUUACUUGCAGUUUGUAUGACCAAUCAAAUGAUGCUGAUAACACAGUUGAUGCCUCUUGGAAACUUGCUUGAUUAUGUCAGAACUCACAAAGAGAAAAUAGGAUCUAAGGCAUUUUUGAAUUGGUGCACUCAAAUUGCACGUGGCAUGGCGUACUUAGAAGAGAAGAGGUUGGUGCAUAGAGAUUUAGCCGCUCGUAAUGUUCUAGUACAAACACCAAAUUGCGUAAAAAUAACCGAUUUCGGUUUAGCGAAACUAUUAGAUAUAAAUACAGACGAGUAUAAAGCAGCUGGUGGUAAGAUGCCAAUAAAAUGGCUAGCAUUAGAAUGUGUUUUACAUAGAAUAUUUACCCAUAAGAGUGAUGUAUGGGCAUUUGGCGUAACUAUAUGGGAGAUAUUAAGUUAUGGAGCGCGGCCAUAUGCAAAUAUAUCUGCUCGGGACGUUCCGGAAUUGAUAGAAAAUGGUCUGAAAUUGCCGCAGCCCAGCAUUUGCACGCUAGAUAUUUAUUGCGUAAUGGUUUCAUGUUGGAUGUUGGAUGCAGAUAGCAGACCAACAUUUAAGCAAUUAGCAGAAACAUUCGCAGAAAUGGCAAGAGAUCCUGGACGAUACCUUGUCAUUCCAGGAGAUAAGUUCAUGCGUCUCCCAUCCUAUUCUACACAGGAUGAAAAGGAACUGAUAAGGAAUCUCUCAUCAGCGAUAGAAGGUCCGGAACCGUUAGUGGAAGCUGACGAGUAUCUACAACCGAAAUUCAAGACUGUUGCACCAUGCACGGCGACCUCGAAUUCCGCAAUAAGCGCCGGAGCUGAAACACAAACCAGCUCUUUAAAGCCAUGUACUUCUUCGUCCUGGGCCAACAACAUGGCGGGACAAGAAUGUGUUACAACUGACGGAUCCAACAAACCUGAAACGUGGGAUCACGAUCUACUGAGAUACAAUCAAACGAAUCCUGAUGGCUCCGAACUAAGACAUUACUUUAACAACAGAGUAUGCGCGUCAGAAGGUUCUAGUUCAAGGUACUGCAGCGACCCAAUGAAGAAAGACGGUUUGGAAGGCAGCUUCGAUAGCAUGUCGAAAAUAAAGGAAGCUCAAGUCGGAAAUUUGAAAUUGAACUUACCGUUAGACGAAGACGACUAUCUGAUGCCGUCACCGCAGCACAAUCAAAACGCUUCCACGUAUAUGGACUUGAUCGGGGAAGGUGGCGAGGGUCAAGAUGUUAAAGAGUUGCGUUAUACCGGAUACGUAGGUUCGAAGAGAUGCGUUGAUAAUCCUGAAUACCUGAUGUCAGAUCAAAGCGUACCAGCACAGACGCUCGGCAUACCUACAGACGAGCCAGUGCCUUUAGAGUCGUUAUGCACUAGCGAAGGAAGUGGUAGUGAUUCUACUCCGCGGCCAGGUACAAGCAAGUACCAGCCUCAGAGGUCUGUUGAAGAAGAGUCGAUGUCCGACCACGAGUACUACAACGACUUGCAACGCGAACUUCAACCUCUGCGUAGGAACGAGACUACAGUGUAG